AUGUCCGUACAAGAGCAGGUCGUCAGAGGUAGCUUGAAGUUGAAGAAAGGUGAUCUCUUCAAGAAGAAGAAAAAGAAAACAGUGGAUCCAAAAAUGAUCGAUUUAACCAUAAAAAAGGACGAGAAGACGAGUACGGUAGGAAAAACAAAGGCAGAGAUUGCGUUCGAGAAAAGACGGCAGGAAACUAUGUUCGAACGGAUGCAAAAAACGGCGGCUGUGAGUCACCGAGAACGAGUGGAGCAAUUCAACAAGCAGAUGAGCGAAUUGACCGAGUUCAACGACAUUCCGAAAGUUUCGUGGACCAAGUAG